UCGAGCAGUCAACAGAGAGCAGAGUGUCGAAAAUGAGCCACCGCUGUGACAUCCAGUUGGACAAUCCCAGGGGGGCCUAUCGGGCCGGUGAGACGGUCAAUGGCCACGUCUAUGUGACCCUUAUGGAGCGUGCCUUAAUCAAAGCAAUCAGCUUGGAGGCAAAUGGCUAUGCAACAACCGCCUGGCAGCAGCCGCAAAAGCAGAAGAAACCAAAGAAAAACGAGCCGCAAGUGCAGGUUCAGAACUUGGACUUUGAUUAUCGCGUGGAUUAUUUUGCCAAAAUCGAUUAUUUUGUGGGCUCGGAGGCCGCACAGCCGCAGAUAAUGGAGGCGGGCACGUACAACUACGGUUUCCACGUGAAGCUGCCCAAGAACUGUCCGGGAAACUACGAGGGAGCCCACGGGCACAUCCGGUACACACUGCAGGUGCUCAUCCACAGCAGUGCAGAUCGUCCGCUGGAGGUGCUGCAUGUACGCCAGCUGCAGAUCUUCCCCCAGAACAGUCUUAGCCAGGAGACACGGAGCAGCGAAGUGCAGAUCCACGAGCAGACUCCUCGCCUGAAGUUCUGGAUGAAGCCGCUGCACUUGAAGCUGCAGAUUCCCAGGCAGGGUUAUUCCCCAGGAGCGGGCAUCUCGGUUCACGUGAAGCUGCACAAUCCGGAGAGAUUGCCACUGCGGGAGGUCACCUACUCCCUCGUUCAGAUCAGCACCUAUGUGGCCCAUCUGAGGAACAAGCCGAAGCGCAUGGAAACCAAGGAGGAGCGUCAAACUAUCCUGAGCAGCAGCCACGACCUACACAGCCUGCCUCGUGGAGAGGUGGAGAACUUUCAGCAUCUGCACAUGCUGCAAGUGCCCCAAACGGCGGCAACUUUGAGUCUGGCAGGAUGUGCCUGCCUGCAGCUAAAUUACGAGGUGGAGGUGAUGGUCAGGACCAUGCAGGAGAAGCGCUUCAUCGCGUGCCGGAUGCCAGUAAUCAUUGGCAACGUGACGCCGCCUUGUCCUGGCAGACUUCUGAUGCAGGAGCCGCUGGAUGGCACUGCACCGGAACCCACUCCUCCCGCCGAAACAGCCCAAAAGCUGGCCCCGAACUUCAGCGUCUCCACCACCUCUCUGGCUUCGAAUUUUCGCGAAGCCGAAUUCAUGGUGGCCACCAAUCUGAAUAAGACCAACAAACACUAUUUAUCCGGGGAGCAAUUGGACUUCAGACCUCGCUAUGUCUACUACGAAAUGGAUCAAACCCAAUCGGAGGAAGUCAAGUCCCAUUGAAUGCAGCGAAGCACUAGGUUCUUUCAUAAAGUCGUUUAAUUUAUUUUAUUUAUUUGUAAGCGUACACAAAAUAUAUAUAUUUCAUCUUUGCAAGGGGCCUGCA